GUUUCUUUUCGCCGUCUGGUCAGGUCCGUGUUGUGGAGAUUCAAGCGCGCGAGAGACCUUGAAAGUUUCCUUUUCUUUUUCUUAUAGCCUUUUGUCUUUUUCUCUUCUUCUUCUUCUUCUUUCUCGCAUCUUCCGUCACAAAGGAAAUGAAGACCUUGACAUGGAUUGGGGCUGCAAUCCUGUUGCUUACCUUUAUCGCCCUCAAGAUCCGAAAAGACCUAUUGCCGUCAUGGCUCGCAGCCACAAAACGCCUAGCACAGCAUGCCGGCUGCAAUGACCUCAAGAGAAUGGCCCCGUACCCUGCUCAGCCCAUCAAGGGUAGGGAGAGGUACCGGGUCAUGAUGGACAUUAAGAAGCUGGAUGUGGAGAACUGGCUCACCCUCGACAAGAACUAUAUGGACGAACACCUGGUGCGUUGCCAAUUGCUCGCCCAUGAAGGGCACAAAGUCCUCCAGUGUCUCCCAGAGUCGUACGAUGCCUGUCUGGAGGCAUUGGAGGAGGUGGUCGAGUUUCUGACCCAGCGUUUUGCGAAUAUGUUCGAGAUGAAGAAGUCUGGUGAGAAGACGAUGGUCUACAACAAGAUGACCAACGAAACGUUUGUUUUUGGCGGAGAAAAGAGUGAACAGAUGGACCCGCUCGAGAUUGCUGUGAGGUUGACAAUGGAGGAUCUGAGCGUUUUAAUGAAGAAUGAAGACGGAGAAUAUUAUCUUGCCGCAAGUGCGAGUCUCUUCCCUGUCGGUUGGACGGUAGCGGAGCGUAUUGGAUGGACGAUUUCUCAGCUGCACAACCCAGUGCCACUGUGGCAUCAACAGGUGGCCAAUUCUGUCAGCAAAUUCCUAUGCCGUCUCACACCGACAUCUCCCAUGGAACGCUCCAACUAUUUUGUCGAAGUGAAACGGCCUGAUGAGGAUCUGUUUGAGAUUCUGUACCGGCCUACAACAUUAUCCGAGGAUAACCCCGACCCUUUGCCGCAGGACAUUGUCAUCCGUCGUGAGCGCCAGACCUUUCGCAGGCUUCCCCGAACUGGUGCCAUUGUUUUUGGCGUCAAGACUUUCCUGACCACCCUGGAGGAGCUUCCAAUGCAGGAACUGGAAAACCUAGCUCGGGAGGUCAAGAGCUGGCCCGAGCACGUUGGGGAGUACAAGGGGAGGGAGAUCUGGGGAGCCAAGGCUCUCGAGUUCUGCGAGAAGAAAAAACAGCAGCAGGCUAAGGAAGCCAACGAAAAGUUGGAGGUGUGAUGAAAGCAUCUGAAGGUUGCAGUGGUGGUGAACAGGUGCAGCCUUUGAGGAAGGAAGGUGUGAGAGCUGAGCCAAAGUCGCGCUGGGGAGGCUUUCUGUAGCAUAUCUCGUCGUCAUUGCAUUUUCUGCGGGGUUUCUUUUCUUUUGUUUUGGGAUCUGCAAAAACUGGGUGGGUGGCUAUCUGAUUUCAAAAGCAUUCAAACUGCGUGCAUGAGUCUGAUUCUUCACUCUUGUCUUCUUUUGAUGAUUUGUUGCUUGGUUGUGUUGUCCUCCUGAUGGUUGUCUUGUCCUGAUGGAUGGGCUGGCGAUUGCAUAUGAAUACUGGGAAUGGAAAGGUGCUUGAGAAAUGCUCGAGGUGGCUGGCGUAGGUGGAUUGGUUUUAACAACCGUCAGGAAUAUCUUUUACCAUAAAAAGCAUUGACAUGUUUGGACUGUGCUAGAAUAUAUACAUAGUGAAAUCUUAAUGGCCAAAUCAAGGGAGUAUAUGAACAUGUCUGAAAAGGGAAAAAAGGUCAACACAAAGGAGGGCGGACAUUUGGCGGUAUGGUCUAUGCUCUUUCAGGUCAAGGGCGGGGGAUUAAUCUAGAUGAAAUGUAUUGAGGCUGCAUGCAAUGCUUCUAGAUCUUCGCCCGAGGUGGCUCAUCUUGUUUCAGCCUCACGACACCCUGUUAUUCUCAAUGUCAGCCGGAUAGUCACUGCCGGAUGCGCCCCGAUCCAUGCAUUCGGGUCAACGGGUAAGGAAAAGACCACCCAU